GCAGGAACGCCUGCGAGAAGCUGGUUUCAGCUAUGUGGCACGGUAGGAGGGGUGUCAGAGGUGGAGGCAAUGGUUACAACAUCCCGAUUGUUCGUGUCUCCUUAUGCGCCUGAAGUUUCUUCACUGGCUGAGCGGACAACAAGAACGCCGUCUCCAUUUCGCAGGUCAGAGCAGUGGCUCUAAUGAUUUCAAACAGAUUCAGCUGAGCGUCUGCAGCCCAGCCAAGAGGAGGAAGACUGCAGGGGAGCUUAAACUCUGAGCUCAUGAUCUCAAAGGUGUCCUGCUGUUCAUCAGAUCCCUGGUGCUGGUAAAGACCAAAGCAGAGGCUUUGAUGCAGCGUGUAUGCUGGCUGCUAUGCCUUGGCCUGGCUUGGGCACUUGCCACGCAGCAGAAAGACCAGGUGGCCCAGCGAGUCGUCCGGGUUUAUCAGACCAAAGAAAACCCCCAGAAAGAGAGAAAGACCUGGGUGGCCAACAACUGCAAGCAGCUAGUCGGUCUCCUUCGUAAGAAAAAUGUGGUCGUCAAGAAGCUGUCCGCUGCCGCCAAUGCUGUCGGACGAGACCAAAACCUCUCGGAGCCGGAGAAACACUUCCAGAUUCACACGCUGGAGGUGUUUCAGAAGGAGCUAAAUGAAAGUGAAAACCUGGUGUUCCAGGCAAUGCAAAGCCUGCAGAGGGCGCUGCAGGGAGAUUACAAAGAUGUGGUCAACAUCAAAGAGAGCAGCAAGCUGAGGCUGGAAGCUCUAAGGGAGGCAGCCAUAAAGGAAGAACAAGAAUAUGUGGAGCUUGUGGCUGCAGAAAAACAUCAGCAGGAGGCUGUUAAGAAUGCUAUGGCCCAGAACAAGACUCUGUCCAUCCUGGAUGGGAUUCUGGAGGAUGUCAAACGAGCAGCGGACCGGCUGGAGGAGGAAAUCGAAGAGCACGCCUUUGACAACAACAAGCAGAUGAAAGGAGUGAAUGUGGAGGCAGUGCUGAGAGUGGAAAAUGAAGAAAAAGGGGGGAAGAUGAAGAAUGCAUCCAAACAGAAAGAGGUGGAGGAUGACCUGGGACUGAGCAUGCUCAUUGACUCUCAAAAUAACCAGUAUGUUCUGACUAAACCGCGAGACUCCACAAUGCCAAGAGCCGACCAUCACCUCAUCAAGGACCUGGUGUCAGUGGUAAUGCUGUCACUGCCCUGUGGAUGGAUCUGCAGUCUGGUGGGCCUUCCUCCCAUGUUUGGAUACAUCAUUUCUGGGGUUCUGCUUGGUCCCUCGGGUCUCAACAGCAUCAGGUCUAUGGUGCAGGUGGAGACUCUGGGGGAGUUGGGAGUGUUCUUCACUUUGUUUGUGGUGGGAUUGGAGUUCUCCCCUGAACGCCUUCGAAAGGUGUGGAAGACGUCAGUUCAGGGGUCGUGCUGCCUGAGUCUGCUGAUGGUUGGAGCUGGUUUGCUGUGGGGACAGUGUCUGCACAUUCAGCCCACCCAGACGGUUUUUAUCUCCACCUGUCUGUCGCUGUCCAGCACCCCGCUGGUGUCCCGCUUUCUAGCAGGAGGAGGCAAGGUGGACAGGGAAGGCGACCUGGACUACAGCAGCGUUCUCCUUGGGAUGCUGGUGAUGCAGGAUGUUCAGCUUGGCCUCUUCAUCGCUGUCAUGCCGACUCUAAUCCAGGCGCAGAGUGGAGAUUUGGACGGCUUCUUGUACGGAGGCCUGCGAGUGCUGGGUCUCCUUGCUCAGGUGCUGCUGUCUCUGGCUGCCGUGCUGCUGCUGUGUUUGUUCCUGCGGUCUCACGUGAUUGGCCAUUACUGCAAGAGACUCCACGCCGAGAGCAAAGGCACCAAGGAAAUCCUGCUGCUGGGGAUAACGGCUUUCGUGUUUUUCAUGUUGACCGUAACAGAGUUUCUGGAUGUUUCAAUGGAGCUGGGCUGCUUCUUGGCUGGAGCUCUGCUGUCCUCACAGGGACACAUGGUCACAUCAGAGGUCAUGGGGUGCAUCGAACCAGUUAGAGAUUUUCUGGCCAUAAUCUUCUUUGCUUCAAUUGGACUCCACGUGUUCCCGACAUUUGUGUUGUACGAACUCACCAUUCUAAUGGUGCUGACUCUUACACUUGUCAUCAUGAAGUUCAUCAUGGCUGUACUGGUUUUGUCAAUCAUUUUGCCUCCGAGCUCCAGACACAUACGGUGGAUUGUCUCGGCGGGUCUGGCUCAGGUCAGCGAGUUCUCCUUUGUUCUGGGCAGCCAGGCCCGCCGAGCAGGCAUCAUUUCCAGAGAGGUGUACCUGCUGGUCCUCAGUGUCACCACUCUGAGUCUGCUGCUGGCUCCAUUGUUGUGGAGGGUUACCACGCACCGAUGGGUUCCACGAACGUAACAGAAACCGGGACAGCGUGAGUUUCACAGAGCUGCCAGCAACAACAUGAUAUCCUACUUGCUUUGUACUGGAUAUAUCGUCGGCGUCACAAAAAAAGAGCACAGUUUAAGAGCUGACAAAUUCCUCAAUCAUUUCCUACUGUCGUAUUGUCUUUGGUCUUUUUAUAGUCUGUAUUUAUUUCCUUGUAAAGCACACACUCCUACAGACAGGUAAAGGCACUUAACAGUUAGACAAACUGUUCUGAAUACCAGACGCUGUAAACUACUGUUGGUUUUGUACUUAUUCAGGUAAAUGCCAUUAUUUAUAAAUUAAUGUAUGUGGAUGUUCUGUAGAUGAAGAAUCACAAUGCUUCAGUUGCAGCUCAGCUUGUAGUGUUUAUCAGUGUAUGAAAAGAAGUGUAUGAAAGAAUGAGAGGAGAAGGUGCCGGGAAGCUGCACUCACGACACAUGAAGGUGGUGGGUUCAAGGACCAACGAUAUUUAUGAUCUCCUGCCGUUGCUUCAACGUGUUUUGCAGAUGCAUUAUCGUCUGAGGAGGGUAAAAGAGGAACUUAAUAGGAGAAACGAACGCUCAAAUAAAUAAUUAAAGGCAAACUGCUAAUAGAUUUGUUUACUACUUAUUUAUUACAUCAUUUUGAAGGUUCUUUGUGACUUCCUAAAAUAAAUCACAUCAAUUAGAUGUUAAUGUUCAGACAAAAAUCAACUCAUAAACCAAUCAGAGAACAAUCAGGUGAAUUGUCUCAGGAUUGUCUGUUAAUCGUGUCACCUGUUAGUGGGGCUUUCAGACAUUCAUGAAGAACUGCAGCUCUUGUUGGGUGUUCCUGAUUUGCAGUAUUCUGUUUUUAUUUGACCACAUACCUGUAAAGCGUACGCCACCAUGAUGCAUUGUGGGAAGUCAUGUUCUGAUGGGAAAUCUUUUAUGUUAUACUUACUUUGACCAAUUUACUUUAGGUAUUGUAGUAAACCGUGAACGCCCUUUAAUCUGCGUUGACUAAUGGCUGUAGAAUUGGGAAAAAACAAAGUGCAUAUUCAUCUAUCCUUAAAUUCCUUUAAUUCUGUCAUGCUUUUUUAUGUUUGAUUUCUUUAUUAAGAUUUCAUUUAUUAUAGUUUCUGCCGCUCACUGAAGCAAUACUUCUAUCUGCAACACUAAUCAUAGUUUGCUCUGAUCAAAGCGCUACUGUGUAGCUGCAUGUGAUGACAAUGAAACUUAUUUCACACUGUGCUUGCAUACUGAGAAUGUAGGUCACAAAAGACUAAAAAAAAAGCUACUUCAGAUGUUUGUUGUUUUGACUUUUUUUCAUGUGUUCUGUUAGUUUGAAAACAAAUCAUGCACUAGUUAUUCCUGAAUGUUAAACUUCUGUGCCUUUUGAACUCACCUCUGCACUUAAAAUGUACACUAUAGAGCCAAAAGCAUUAAAAAAAUCCAUUCAAAUGGUUUCUACAUAUUUGUUAAAUAUGUAAUCAACAAUAUCGGUAUAAAAACUUCAACAUAAUUUCAAUGUUCCAGAGGGAACUGUGAGUGGCGUUAAAGCUAAGUGGGUCAGCUGAUGCUCAGGCCCAUUUCUGCAGAGUCCUCCAAACUUAAUGUGAACUUCAGAUUAGCUCAAGAACACCCUGAAGAGCGUUUCACGUAUCGGGUUUCAAAGGCGGAGGUGCCUUCUAAAAAUGCAACACAGAGUGGAAAUGUGGGGUGUGGCGUUGCACUUCCAGAUAAGCAGGUACUUUUGGCUAUAUAGUGUAUUUUUGUGGAGUGUAUUCUCAGCACUUUUACUUCUGAAAAAACAUUUUUGUCUUCUAACUUAUAAUGUGCAAUGUAAUGGUGUGUGACCAACGCAUAGAUCACUGUACACUCCAAUUGUUUUUCUAUAUAUUUGAUUUUUACAAAGGUUUUUGUUUUUCCAUGUUCUGUGUGUCAUUGAAGCUGUUUUUGUGUCUUAGGAGCAUUUUUUUAAUUAAAAGUCGGGUAAAAACAAA